AUGGCGCGCUUGUUGGCUCUCUGCUUUCUUCUCGCGUCCGGCGCCCUGUCCGCGCGGGCGAUCUGUCCCGAGCGCUGCGACUGUCAGCACGCGCAGCACCUCCUCUGCACGAACAGGGGGCUGCGCGCGGUUCCCAAAGCCCCGGCGCGGGGCUCCGGAGAUGUCCUCGUGCUCAGUCUCGGUGGAAACUUCAUAAGCAACAUUUCUGCCUUCGACUUCAGUCGUUUUUCCCAUCUGACCAGACUGGACCUGCAGUACAAUCAAAUUCGCAGCGUUCACUCUAAGGCGUUUGACAAACUGUCACGACUGGAAGAGCUUUAUCUGGGCAAUAAUUUGAUAUCGACCAUUUCUCCGGGAACUUUCCACUCUCUGAGAAAACUGAGAAUUCUGUACGGAAAUAGUAAUGAAAUAAAGAAGAUAUCACCAGAUUCUUUCACAAAUUUGGAAAGCGUUAUUAAGCUAAGACUGGACCGCAAUGCAAUAGAAACACUACAGGACGCGGUUUUUAAGAGCCUGGAGAAUCUGCUCUAUCUGCAUUUGGAAUCAAAUAAACUGCGGCACAUUCACAGAAGCGCUUUUAUCAGGCUCGGAAAACUCCGUUUUCUAAACCUGUCAGACAAUAAACAAACCACCCUUCGGAAUACUUUCACCUUCGCCCAGCUCACUUCUCUGACGACAUUAUUACUGUCAGAAAAUGAAAUUCAGCAUGUUGGCAACCACGUCUUUCAGAAUCUGAAAAAGCUGUCAAAGCUCUCCCUGAGCAACAAUAAAAUCGCGCAGAUGGACGGCGAGGCUCUGAAGGGGCUGUCGGGCGUCAGGGAGCUGCUGAUUGACGGGAACCAGCUCGAGCACAUCCCCGCGCGGCUGCUGGACCCCCUGGAGAGAGUAGAAGUGCUGGACUUCAGUGACAACCGCAUUUCCAGCGUGGAUCCUUCAGCCUUUAAGCAGCUGAAGCAUUUAAAGGUUCUAAAGCUUAACAACAAUCGUCUGAGCAGCCUUGCCGGGAGUGUUUUUUCUUCGAACGGCGGUUUGUACAGCCUGGAUCUGAAGGGCAAUAACUGGACGUGCGACUGCCGGCUGGGGGCGUUUCAGCAGUGGAUGAGCGCGGCGCAUUCUCAGGGCCUCUUGCUCACGGUGUUUGUGCAGUGUCAGCACCCUGCCGCUCUCACAGGGAAGUACCUGGAUUACCUGAACAGCUCCCAGCUGUGGCCCCCGGAGAGCCACUCGGGGGUGUGCGGGUCUGGGAGCGGGUCGGUGGAGAGGGCCGCUGGGCCGGCUCGGGACCGGCCCACGCUGCAGGUCAACGUCCAGGCUGACGAGGCCGAGCCAGACAGGACCCCCACGGACCAGAGCAAGCGAAAGAAACCUCUCACCCCGAGGUCCCGGCCCCCAACCCGAGCUGCAGACUCGCCCAAGAGAGGUCCCCCAGAUUCGGGACACCCCUCAGCGACAGGACACCCCCCCUCCACCCCAACACAGGGCGCAGCGGAGCGGUUCGACCUGCUGCAGCAGGAGAAGGCGGAGCGCCCCCUGGUGACAGAUGCCUGCCAGUUUAACCGGCUCUUCAUCCUGAACGUGACGGCAGAGCAGGAGUCGGUCUCCACGGCGACGGUGCGCUGGGUGACGCGGGAUUACCGUGUGGCGACGGGCUCGGAGCUGCACUUCCGCGUGCUGUACGAUCGCUUCGGCCAGGCCCCGCGAUUCCCGCGCUUUGUCUACGUGCAGGGCGGAGCCCGGGCCGUCACACUGCGCGAGCUGGCCGAGGACACGCCCUACAUGGCGUGCGUGGAGGCCGUGGUGGGCGGGGCCGCCUGCGCGGUGGCGUCCCGGGACCACUGCACGGGCGUGGUCACUCAGCCGGCAGGGCGGGGCCGCGCCGGUGACCUCCAGCUCCUCACCAUGGUAACGCUGGGCGCCAACAUCCUGCUGCUGCUGCUGGUGGGCGGGGCUUGGAUGGGGCGGGGCUUGCGGCGGAGGCUCCAGCACAGGAAGUCCGCGGUGCACGUCCGCCACAUGUACUCCACGCGGCGACCGCUGCGUGCCAUGGCGACGGACGCCGUCUCUGCUGACUUCACCUCGUACCAGAGCAGCCGGCCGCGGCUCGGCGCGCCUGACGAGGGAGACCUGAUCCAGUUCCCCUGCGAGCGCUUCCCCGAAGGGAGCCGGCGGGACUAG